UUAAGCUAUUGCGCAUGUGCGAGAAAAGGGAAGUUAUCUUUGUUGAAGGAAACCAAGUUUUCUUACAACGUUAACGUUGCGUCUGAAUUGUUUUGAAAAACCACCACCGUCCAGGCGAAUCAUGAAUCCCCAACCGCUGAUCAAAUCAAAACAGGCAGAGAAAAGCAUCAACGGUGUGUCAACCCAGGUUGUUUGUACCGAAUUCAGCAAUUAUAUCUUCGUUGUGCUGACACAGUAUGGGAAGAUUGGGACAUUGAUAUCAAUAACUCCAGACUCCAAAACUGGUGACAUUACCACGCCAAUGUACACAUCAAAAGUUCUGCUGGGAAAAGAUGAGGCUUUGACCCACGUCUGUGCGAAGCACCUUGCAACCUUUAUCUCGCAAGAGUCAGGCAGUCGGCCAGUGCUUCUCGGGCUGGCUCUAAAAGACAGCUCCAUUGAAUCAAUAAACAUCAUGAAAGAACUGAUCAAAAGUUGCCAAGUUUGGUGACUUGAAUGGACGUUGCUUACACUCGACUUAUCUUGAAGAUUAAUUUAGUGUAACAUGUAGGAAGUUUAGGCUAUAUGUAGCUAAUUUUAUCAGCAAUGCUGGAGUCUGGCCUGCUUUUAGCCUAUUGCCUGGCUUGCAUUGAUAAUUUUCUAUGAAAAAUAUCAACUCUUCCCAAUGCAUGUUUGGACUGUAUUAUAUUUUGUGUACUUUGACAUAUUCAAAAUAAAAGAUGUAUUUCAUUAUA